GUGUGUUCUGGCUCCUCCUGCCACCCUGGAGGAGGUCUUGGCACGACUUCGCUCUUUCCACCUGCACCUGCUGGACAGAUUUCCCUGACAGAGGUGUCAAGGACACACUUUGGAGACAAAUAUCAAGCCAUGGUUCAUAGGAUUUUCUCCCACCAAAAACAAUCGUCCCAGAGGAAUCAUGAUGAAAGCGGCCCUUGUCCUGCUGUUUGCUGCCUAUGUUCACUCUCUGGUCCAGCUCAUGGGUGUGGCAACCCCACCUACCCACCCACUGUGAGUCGUGUUGUGAAUGGGGAAGAUGCUCGACCCUACAGCUGGCCCUGGCAGAUCAGUUUGCAGUAUCUCAGCGGCUCCACAUACCGUCACACCUGUGGAGGCACUCUGCUCGCUGCCAACUGGGUCCUGACUGCUGGUCACUGCAUCGGACCUCGUACCUACCGUGUGGUGCUUGCUGAGUACGACCUGACCAAAGAGGAGGGCUAUGAGCAGUAUAGAAGUGUGGAGAAGAUCGUGGUUCACCCUCGCUGGGAUCCAAGCUGCCUGUCUUGUGGUAAUGACAUUGCGAUGAUCAAACUGGCCUCACCGGCGACUCUGAACGACAAAGUGCAGCCCUCCUGUGUGCCAGAGAGCGGAGAGACCACUCCUCACAACUACCCCUGCUACAUCACCGGCUGGGGAAGAAUCUACAGUGGUGGUCCAAUCGCCACUAAGCUCCAGCAGGCUCUCCUCCCUGUGGUGGGCCACGAGGUCUGCAGCAGCAGCGGCUGGUGGGGGAGCACCGUGAAACCCACCAUGAUCUGUGGUGGUGGUGACAUCCGCUCUGGCUGCCAUGGGGAUUCAGGAGGUCCUCUGAACUGCAAGGGUAGUGAUGGCAGGUGGGAUGUGCAGGGGGUGACCAGCUUCGUCUCCUCUCUAGGAUGCAACACCCACAUGAAACCCACAGUGUUCACUCGCACCUCCUCCUUCACCAAGUGGAUCAGUGACACGAUGCUGCGGCACUGAGGACCUGGAGGCUUUUUAAUGUCAAUAAAUCUAUUUGACAUCCA